CCCUGCUCUCCUCCCUAGCCUGGAAUCGGAGGGGCCGGCACCCACCCCUGAGUGGGCUCAGCCAGCAGGGACAGGAGUGAGGGUGAGGGGGCUGCCCGAGGGUGGGCACCAUGGAGAGGCCUGUGAGGCCUUCCAGGGGCAUGUCAGGGCACAUCCAAGGCUGUGCUUCCUGGGGGAGGUGGCAUCUGAGCAACUUUCGUCCACAGGCAUGUUCCUGCUUGUCCUGCCCAACCGCCCUGGCCUUUGUUCCCCAGGAGGGCAGCCGAGCUGACAGCCACAGGGGAGGAGCAUGUUGGGCAGGGGCUGUGCCUGAAGGUAGGGCCUUCCUAAGUGGCUGAGUAAACAGCUUCAGGUGUUCUCAGCCUGGCCCAGGGGACCAGCUGUGUUCUCCCACCCCCUGCAAGGCUGAAGCUGCCGCCUUUCAGCAGCAUACUCUCCACCCCAACGCCUGCAGAAGGCAUUUUGUGAAGAAGGCCAGCACACUGGGCUGGGGGCAGCCAGAGGCCUCCACGGUGGAUGCAGGAUCCCUGCUCCCCCAGAUGGACUCCCAGAGGCCUGAGCCCAGAGAGGAGGAGGAGGAACAGGAACUGCAGUGGAUGGAGCUGGACUCCAAAGAGGCCCUGGGAACCAGGACAGAGGAGCCUAGUGUCUUCCAGGGCUGGGGGCACUUACUCCGGGCCGUGUGGAGGGGCCCUAUAGGCCUGGUGAUGCAGCUGCUGCGGCAAGGGGCCAGCGUGGAGGAGAGGGACCACGCAGGCCGGACCCCGCUCCACCUGGCAGUGCUGCGGGGCCACGCGCCCCUGGUGCGUCUCCUGCUGCAGCGAGGGGCCCCGGUGGGCGCGGUGGACCGGGCGGGGCGCACGGCGCUGCACGAGGCCGCCUGGCACGGGCACUCGCGGGUGGCCGAAUUGCUGCUGCAGCGCGGGGCCUCGGCGGCGGCACGCUCCGGGACGGGCCUCACGCCGCUGCACUGGGCAGCCGCCCUGGGCCGCACGCUGCUAGCCGCGCGCCUGCUGGAGGCUCCGAGCCCGGGACCAGCGGCGGCGGAGGCAGAGGACGCGCGCGGCUGGACGGCGGCGCACUGGGCGGCCGCGGGCGGGCGGCUGGCGGUACUGGAGCUGCUGGCGGCCGGCGGCGCGGGCCUGGACGGCGCCCUGCUCGUGGCGGCCGCAGCCGGGCGCGGGGCGGCGCUGCGCUUCCUCCUGGCGCUCGGGGCGCGGGUGGAUGCUCGGGAUGGCGCGGGGGCCACAGCGCUGGGUCUGACGGCCGCCCUAGGCCGCCCGCAGGACAUUGAGGUGCUGCUGGGCCAUGGGGCAGACCCAGCCAUCAGGGACAGGCAUUGCCGCUCUGCGCUGCACAGGGCUGCCGCCGGGGGACACCUGCCCACUGUCCAGCUGCUGGUCACCCAGGGGGCCAAGGUGGAUGCGCGGGACACCCUGGGCUUCACGCCCCUACACCACGCCUCUAGGGAAGGCCACACAGAGGUUGCCAGCUGCCUCCUGGACAGGGGUGCCCAGGUGGAUGCUACCGGCUGGCUCCGAAAGACCCCCCUACACCUGGCUGCAGAGCGAGGGCAUGGCCCUACCGUGGCACUGUUGCUGAGCCGAGGGGCCAGCCCCACCCUGCGGACGCAGUGGGCCGAGGUGGCCCAGAUGCCUGAGGGGGGCUGGCCCCAGGUGCUUCCUGAACUUGGAGGGGGGCAGGAGUAUGGGGGCACAGAACCCACGGGCUGAGCCAGACAGCAGGCUCUGGGCUUCACUGCCCCAGCGAUUUCCAGGCUCUCUGGCUGAGGCUGCCUGACUGGAGGGAACAUCAGGGGAGAGGCUCCCAGAGGAGGGGGUGGGAGAAAGCGGGGUACGUGGCUUGAACUGGACCUGGGAUGGCCGCCAGCUCCCAGGAGGGCCCACUGACCCUGCAGCUCCAGCCUUCUCCGCACUCCAGCGAAGACUGAGUUGUGGCAACUGAUGUGACCAAAACCUGAUGACAGACGGUGUCACGGACCUGGAUGGCACCUCUGCCUUCCCUUCCUUCCUUCUGUCUGCACACCCUUGGGGCGCCCUCUUCAGUUGCUCUCUGUAGGCCGGGGUGUCCCCACUGUUUUCUUAGAUUUGUAUAUGUCACCUUGGCAACCAUGAAUUACACGACCAAACUUACGGCCA